AUGGCUGCCUGCCAAGAGAUGAGGAUGGAAUCUGUGGUUUGUCCUAAGCCACGCCGCUUGGUUCUUCAAACCCUUCCUGAUAAUGACCCCAUCACUGCCCAUAGAUGGCCCAUCGGCCAUGCCAAGACUGGAAAUUCUAAAGCAGGAGCUGAAUUUCUUGAUAUGAUCCUCGCUAAGGAAAGUUUUGGUGAAAAUUUAAGCCACCAAUUGGCAACAUCUCCCCCAUUCUUUUGGGGGUCUCCACCAAGUAGGACUUCCAACCCUUUAGUCCAAGAUGAGCAAUUUGGUAAUGGUUACAAUAUCUACCAACUUUGUGAAGAACCCCCAUCUCCAUCAACCCAUAAAGGUGGAUGCACCCGUAUGAAAUUUGGGCAUCGACCUGCAGCAGUCCGAAUCGAAGGAUUCGACUGUCUCGACCGCGAUGCCCGAAAUUGCAGCAUUUCUGUUGUGGCUUAA